AUGACGGUGCCGCUGCUAAAAAUUGGCGUCGUGCUCAGCACCAUGGCGAUGAUCACCAACUGGAUGUCGCAGACCCUCCCCUCGCUGGUGGGGCUCAACACUACCAAGCUGACGGCGGCGCAGGGGGGAUAUCCAGACCGGAGCACGGGUGUCUUGCCAGCCAACCCAGAGGAAUCAUGGCAGGUGUACAGUUCAGCCCAGGAUAGCGAGGGAAGGUGUGUCUGCACCGUGGUGGCACCCCAGCAGUCCAUGUGUUCUCGGGACGCCCGCACCAAACAACUGAGGCAGCUUUUAGAGAAGGUGCAGAACAUGACACAGUCCAUCCAGGUGUUGGACCAGCGAACUCAGAGAGACCUGCAGUACGUGGAGAAGAUGGAGGUGCAGCUCCGGGGGCUGGAGACCAAGUUCAGACAGGUGGAAGAGAACCACAAGCAGAACAUUGCCAAGCAAUACAAGGCCAUAAAAGCGAAAAUGGAGGAGCUUAGACCGUUGAUACCAGUGUUGGAGGAGUACAAAGCCGAUGCCAAAUUGGUAUUGCAGUUUAAGGAGGAGGUCCAGAACUUGACGUCAGUGCUAAGUGAACUUCAGCAAGAGAUGGGGGCCUAUGACUACGAGGAGCUGCACAACAGAGUGUCAAAUCUUGAGGGGAGACUCCGUGCAUGCAUGGAAAAAUUAGCAUGUGGCAAACUGACGGGCAUCAGCGAGCCCAUCACAAUCAAGACAUCUGGCUCCAGGUUUGGCUCCUGGAUGACAGAUCCUCUGGCUCCUGAGGGAGACACACGGGUGUGGUACAUGGACGGUUACCAUAACAACCGCUUUGUGCGAGAGUACAAGUCGAUGCAUGACUUCAUGACGUCGGACAACUACACAUCCCAUCGUCUGCCUCACCCCUGGUCUGGGACUGGUCAGGUGGUCUACAAUGGCUCCAUCUACUUCAACAAGUUCCAGAGCCACUUCAUCAUCAAGUUUGACCUACGCACCUCUUCCAUCAGCAAGUCCCGGCAGCUGGAUCAAGCCGGAUACAACAACGCAUAUCACUACGCCUGGGGGGGCCACUCAGACAUAGACCUCAUGGUUGACGAGGGCGGGCUCUGGGCUGUCUAUGCCACCAACCAGAAUGCAGGAAACAUUGUGAUAAGUAAGCUGAACCCCAACACAUUGCAGAUCAUCAAAACGUGGACCACGAACCACCCCAAACGGAGUGCCGGAGAGUCUUUUAUGAUCUGUGGAACACUUUACGUCACAAAUGGCUACUCAGGAGGAACAAAGGUGUACUACGCCUACUCCACCAACUCCUCCACUUACGAAUAUAUUGACAUUGCAUUCCAGAAUAAGUACUCACAUAUAUCCAUGCUGGACUACAACCCUCGGGAUCGAGCCCUCUAUGCCUGGAACAAUGGCCACCAGGUGCUCUAUAAUGUUACUCUGUUCCACGUGAUUCGCUCAGAAGAACUGUAACCUCAAAACAAA